GGUCCAACUGGCAUCAAUUAUGGAGUGGUGAAGAAAGAAGGAAACAGUUCUGGAGAUGUGCUAAGUCAAGUUUUGAAGUGAAAUUUGAAGAUGAGAUGGAUAAACUCAACAAAUUAGGUAAUAAAAUUUGUGAGGACUUGUUGCAUUAUGAAAAAACUACUUGGUGCAAAGCAUAUUUUAAGAGCAUUCUAAGUGUGACAUUGUUAAAAACAAUAUGUGUGAAACUUUUAAUUCUUGGAUACUAGUUGCUAGACAUAAAACUAUCAUAACUAUGCUAGAGGAGAUUAGGCACAAGAUAAUGGACAGAAAUAUUGCAAUGAGGCAAUUUGCUGAAACUUGGAUCUCAGAUAUCUCUCCUAUGGCUAGAUUAGUACUAGAAGAGAACAAAGAUCUUGCUAGAUUUUGUGAAGUUAGAUUCAAUGGUGAUAUUGUGUAUGAAAUCUUAGAUGGUCAAUACAGACAUAUUGUUGAUAUAAGAAAGAAGACAUUUACAUGUAGAACAUGGCAAUUGAGGGGCAUACCAUGUCAACAUGUUGUGCUUGCAUAUCAGCACAAAGGCAUAGAACCUGAACAUGAAGUGGUACAUUGGUAUAGGAAAGAGACUUUUUUGAAGGCUUAUAAUCAUUUUCUACAGCCAAUACCAAACAUAAAAAUGUGGCCUCACACUAGUGGUGUAGUGAUUGAACCUCCUGAACCAAAAGUCAUGCCUGGUAGGCCACCAAAGUGCAGAAGAAAGGCAAAGAAUGAGCCUAGAAAAAAGUAUGGAAAGUUAUCCAAAAGAGGAGUAAAAAUGACAUGUUCACUGUGUCAUCAAGUAGGACACAACAAAAAAUCUUGUCCAACAUUGGUAAGUUAUUAUUCUCUUCUAAUACAUUUACAAUAAGCUUCAAUUAUUAUUAUUGUAUUAAUAGGCUGAAAUGGGACAAACUGGAGGCUACCCAAACAGGAAACCAAGCUCAAGCCAACCAUCACUGUCUAGCCAACCAUCAAGCUCAAGCCAACCACCAUUGUCUAGCCAACUAUCAAGCUCAAGCCAGCCACCACUUUUUAGCCAACCAUCAAGCUCAAGUCAGCCACCAGUAUUCAAUCAUCAAGGCAGUUCUAUGUGUUUUGAUUCUUCAGCUGUUAGAAGAGAGCAACAACCUGCUAAAAGCAGAGGCAGAGGCACUGGGAGAGGUACUGACAGAGGAACUGGUAGAGGCACUGGUAGAGGCACUGGGAGAGGUACUGGCACUGCCAGUGAAAUUGAAAGAGGCAGUGUUUUCAACAUUGGAGGUGUAUCAAGUCAGCAACCUGAUCAACCAAGGGCUGUGGAAGCUUCAAUAUCAACAGGAAGACAAAAAAGGACCAAGACUAUAGGAUUUGGCAUCUAUACAAAUGCAAGUGGUAGUCAAACCUUUAAUCCUGGUACUUCAGGAGAAAAAGUUAUCAAUUCGAGAGUUUAUAAGGAUGCAUCUCCAACAAAUAUUGAUAUUGGUUAUAAGCCUUGAGGACUCAAGUGGAAUGGUGGAGAUGCUGUCACUGGUUCACAGUUGCAACGUAUCACUCAGUCAAGGAAAAACAAGCGUGGAACAUCUAGUGCACCAAAGAAUGCCUAAUUUAUGUAGACUAGUCACUUUUUGGUUGUGUAAUUAGCAGCAGAAAUUUGUAUUGACUGCUUUAAAACUUGGAGCUCACUAGAGCAAAUUAAUGGCAUGAAUGAUCAAUUUUAACUGCUUUUGAGACA